AUGGGCAAGCAGAGGUGUCUAACAGAGAUAAAGCGUAUACUGCAAAAGGUAGUCAAGCCUCAUAGAAAGGACUGGAGUACCAGGCUCCAGGACGCGCUUUGGGCAUAUCGGACAGCAUAUAAGACACUAAUUAGGAUGAGUCUUUUCCGCUUGGUUUAUGAAAAGGCCUGUCAUCUUCCAGUUGAGUUAGAACACAAGGCCUUCUGGGCGGUAAAGGAGUGCAACAUGGACUAUGAGAGAGCCGGAGCUGAACGGAAGUUGCAACUGCAGGAAUUAGAGAGCCUUCGCCUUGAAGCUUAUGAAAACUCCAGGCUGUAUAAAGAGAAAGUGAAGGCUGUGCAUGACAAGAGCAUUAAGAGACGAGAAUUCCAACCAGAGGACUUAGUCCUACUUUGCAACUACAGAAUGCGACUCAUGCCAGGCAAGCUGAGAUCCAGAUGGGAUGGUCUAUAUCGAGUAGAGAAGGUGGAACCAUACGGAGUUUUUCACUUGAGUCAUCCUUCAAGCUCUGAACUUAUCAAGGUUAAUGGACAUCGCUUGAAGUUAUUCCAUGGUGAAAAGAUGGUUACCUCACAGGGACUUCUCUGCACUCUGACGUAG